GCUGAGCAGUUUCCGGUGGCAGUCAGCGCGCCUGCUCCGCCAGUUACCUUGCUGAGGCCAGGGUCGCCCUGGCAACCAGCUGCCCAGUCAGUCAGCUCCAUCUCUGCACGGUGCCGUGGGAGCCAUGGCGGUCAGAAAAGCCCUGAUCAUCUUGGCACACUCGGAGAGGACAUCCUUCAACUAUGCUAUGAAGGAGGCAGCCGCGGAGGUUUUGAAGCGGAAGGGAUGGGAGGUGGCCGAGUCGGACCUUUACGCCAUGAACUUCAAUCCCAUCAUUUCCAGGAAGGACAUCACAGGAAAGCUGAAGGACCCUGAGCACUUCCAGUACGCUCCCGAGUCUGUUCUGGCCUAUAAGGAAGGCCGGCUGAGCCCGGACAUAGUGGCUGAGCAGAAGAAGGUGCAAGCUGCAGACCUGGUGAUAUUUCAGUUCCCACUGCAAUGGUUUGGCAUCCCUGCCAUUCUGAAAGGGUGGUUUGAGCGCGUGCUCAUUGGGGAGUUUGCCUACUCAUAUGGUGCCAUGUAUGAAAAAGGACCCUUCCAGAACAAGAAGACUCUGCUCUCCAUCACCACAGGUGGCAGCGGUUCCAUGUACUCUCUCCAUGGUAUCCAUGGCGACAUGAAUAUCCUUCUCUGGCCAAUUCAGAGUGGCAUCUUGCAUUUCUGUGGAUUUCAAGUCUUAGAACCUCAACUGACAUACAGCAUUGGGCACACUCCAGAGGAUGCCCGAAUUCAGAUCCUAGACGGAUGGAAGAAACGCUUGGAGAGCAUUUGGGAUGAGACACCACUCUAUUUUCCUCCAAGCAGCCUUUUUGACCUAAACUUCCAGGGAGGGUUCUUAAUGAAAAAAGAGGUGCAGGAUGAGCAGAAAAACAAGACGGUUGGCCUUUCUGUGGGCCAUCAUUUGGGCAAGCCCAUCCCAACUGACAACCAGAUCAAAGCUAGAAAGUAAGACUCACAAGACUUGAUUUCUCCUUAACACAUAAUGAAAUCAAGGGCUACUUUUUCAGGCUUUAGUGACUGAAGAUUUGGGGUUUUCCUAUUCCAUAUUAAUGAGUAGGAGAGGUACUCUAUAUAUUCUGCAGUUUCAUUACUAAAUGAAAUCAUUAC